GCGCGCGCUUGGACCGGCCGGUUCGCAAUCCCCGCAGCCCGCGAUGUCAGCGCCCUCUUCCUUCUGCCCUCAUCAUCAUCGUCGCCGACCGCGAGCGUGCCGCGACCUCGUUGUGAAUGGCGGGCCCGUCGGGCUCACUCGAUCCACCGAAGAGUGUCUCCCCGCCGUCAGUCCUAUCGACCUCGACCCUGAACCACUCCGUGUCGACCAAGAGCAACACCGGACCUCGCGUAAAUGCGAGCAAGGUAGUCACAGCACCUCCAUGGGCCCGAGACGAACCACCGUCACCCUCGUCGUCGGUGACCAACUUCGAUGUCUCCCAACCGCUGCAGAACUCAGCCUCCCGCCCCUCUUUCGAUGUCGUCUCUUUCAAUUCUGCAAAGGACGCAUCGAGGUGGUGGACCUUCACCCUUCCCCGCCCACGCGACCAGCACCCCUCACCGCAGCCCAAGCCGAAAUUGUCCAUCGACACCGCUGUCGGCGAUUCCGAGAAGGGAACCCACACACCUCCGCGCCGACCAUGGCUACCCAACACUGCAUCGCUCAAUGCCGUGCGCAGAGGUGACAAGGGCAAGGAGAUGGCGCACACCGGGAGCCUUAGCGAGCGCAAAAACGUUAGAUUAAACGUGGAACUCCCGCCCCCACCUGCAGCCCCUUUUACCCUAUCGCAUAACCCGACGCCAGGUUGGGAUACGCCUUGGACAGCCCGAGCGCGCGACGACUCGUUCGGUCUUGCAGGCGACAGUACUGAUGAGGACCUUCCCCGUCGAGGAGGCAAGCGACCGAAACGAUGGCGCACGUUCUUACUGAAUAAUGUCUACGUUCCCCUCGUAAGUCGAUGUCUCUCAUGGUCCCUUCAUUCGCCUGUUAACUCUCCGCAGCUUUUCCGCUUCAUUAAUGUAUCCUUCACCUCCGCCGCCCUCGCUUUCGCCAUCCGAAUACGACAGUUGGAAAAGCAGAAUCACGCUCUGGGUGCAUUGGGAAGCUCACCAACACUGGUCAUCAUCUUCUCCCCGCUCACCAUCGUGCACGUGCUUAUAGCCGUCUACCUGGAAUACUUCGGGCGCCCGCUCGGGCUCUGGCGCACAUCGGGCAAGCUCUUCCACACGCUCACAGAGGUCGUGUUUAUCUGCGCGUGGUCCGGCGCGCUCUCUCUCUGCUUCGACAACUUUUUCACCUCCCUUAUACCCUGUGCAUCCGCUUCCUCCUCCGACUGGUACAAUGAGCUUCCGCGACCAGCCUCGCCGCUCCCGAAUUUCGAGGGCAGCGCAGGCGACCGGCUAUGCGAAGAACAGCUGACACUGAUCAUCCUCGUCGGCGUCGGGCUCAUCAUGUACUGCAUCAACCUCGUCAUCAGCCUUUUCCGGAUAUUUGAGAAGGUGAAGGUGCACUCGGGGGCGGGCGCACUGGGGUUCACCUAGGCGCGUGCGCUGCGCGCGUAUACUCCGUAACGCGUCUCACGCAUCGCCUCGCGACGUGAUGCAGGCGGCAAGCAGGGUCGUGCACCGCCCCCGCCCCACCUGCCAGUCGCAUCCUCCUCGCGCCCCGCUUAUAGCAACCCCACACGCUCUCUGGCACCCCCACGAGCCGACCUGACGAGUCACGACGCCGCACGCGCAUAUCAGGCGCACCAACACCUACCUAUUGGAGGCCCACGACACCUACCUAUGGAGGCCCGUGCGGACUAGGAUCACUACAAUUGUACGACUAUUUUACAUCGCUAUCGUUAUAGGCACGGACGCUCCGAUACUUCA